AUGUUGUUAGACGUGACGUUCGCGUUUAUGUGCGGAGUAACGCUCUUUCAUUUUGCACGACAGGAAGUGUCGAUUUGCAUCCUCGACGCAUUGAACACCACGCUGCAGAAAUACAACACCGUCACGGUGCUCAAAUUGACCAGUUGUCAGAUAAAUGCCUACGGUAUCCUGCAGAUAGCACAAACGCUGACGGAAUUGGAAUGUCUGGACGAUCUGAAUCUGGAUGACAAUCCAAACGUGCAGGAGAAUUAUUAUCUGCUCUGUGCGCCGACGAGAAAUUUACGCUAUCUGUCGCUGAGGAUGUGUAAAUUAUCCGAUAACGGUAUACAAAGGAUCGCGAACGAGCUGACGUAUCGGGACCCGCCGAACGACCCAAAACUGAUCGCUCUCAACGUGGCGGACAACGACAUCACGGACAUCGGUGCCGAGUACAUCGCCGCGAUGCUUCGUACCAAUCGGUCACGUAUUGUUGCCAAAACGUUGCUCGGAAUUGUAACUUUUGAUCCCUCCCCGCGCGAAAGUAGCUUUAAUGAAAAUGUCCCGGAACACUGACGUCGAGUCAACGUCGAAUCGACGUCAGUGCGGUCGAAUGUCCCAACCGUCAGUUUUCGAAAGUAAUUAGAAGUUACGCGAGUUUAAUUUUUGUAUUCAGUUUUGCACUGAAAUUAACUUAUAGGAAAUUCUGUA